AAUGAUCAAAGAAGCAGGUUUAGCGCAUCGUUAUUCCCGUAGAGUGGCGAACGAAACGAAUAAGCUAAGCGGUGGGCGGGGAGCGCGGUGCGUGCGCGCGCGCACUCGGCGCACUGCGCUUUUUGCUUGUGGCAACUGGCAAGUGGCAGGGCGACCGGGCGACCGCGGCGCGGACUGGCGGCGAGCCACUCCGGGAUCUUAUCCUUAUUGUAUUUUAUUCUGUUCUUAGCGGUCUGCCCCGACGAACGUCCCUACCACAAACAUAUCCCUUUUGUAAUACCAAUAAUACUCAACGUUUUAUUGUUACAAAGCCAGUUUAUUACAAACUAACGUAUUAUGCCAAUAUGUUAGUAAAAACUCAGUCAUUCUUUGCCCGGUCUACAGACGGUCUGUUUUGUUGUGUGAACAAGUGUUAUACCUAAAUAAAUAAUAAUAGCGGCGAACAACAGAUUUUUAAGAAAAUUGCUUUAUCAACUGACAUUAUGAAUAUAAAUGAUUUAGUGACCCGUUUAUUUUUUCUCACUAUUAUUUAUAUCGUCGAUGGAGCUUCACCUGAUGUUAAGAGUUCGACAUCGAGCGGUCAAAGCAGCGAGAGCUGCAACAGCCGCGCGGCGGCGUGCGAGGCGGCGGCGAACAGUCGGAGAGCCGUGUGCGGCACCGACGGCCGCACCUACCCCUCGCGAUGCCACCUCAUGGUAGCGCAGUGCUCCGGGGAGCCCGUCACCGUCGCCAGGAAGGGACCCUGCGUCGAAGGUCAGUCUUCAUGUCUGAUCGCCUUGCGGUACGCGCUGAGCGCUCAGAGCGGGCUGUGGUCGGCUUACGUGCCUCGCUGCCGCGCGGACGGCAGCUAUGCGGCCGUGCAGUGCGCCAGCGCUGGUGCUGCCGCCGCCGGCUGCUGGUGCGUCACCCCUGACGGGAAACCCUUGCCCGACACCUCUGUUAGGAACGGAAGACCUGACUGCACCCGCACCGGUAAAUCGCACACGCGGAGACGGUCGUCUGUUCGUGGUCAACGAAAUAAAAGAACAUGUACACGAAGUGACCGUGCCCAAUUUAAUGGCAACCUCAUCAAGAUCUUCAGCGGUGAGUACGAGAGGGCGCGGUCCGACUCCGCAACUUCAGCCGAACCCCGGAUAGUUGCCGACUGGAAGUUCAGGGAACUUGACCGGGACAGGAGCGAUGCGCUGCAGAAGUCUGAAUAUAGAGGACUUAGGAGGCUUAUAAAAAAGGUGGUGAAACCGAAACGUUGCGCUCGCGCAUGGGCGCGGGGCUGCGACGGCGAUGGCGACGGGGAGAUAGCACACGCCGAAUGGGUCGCCUGCCUGCUUGUGAACCCGGAGCCGCCCGCACCGGACUUCUCUCUCCGUUUCUUCAUGUCGUUGACUGCAGACGAUGACAGCGGUCCGGAAGCUGAACCAGAUUACAACGAGGAGGAGCCGCCGCCAGAUCCCAGCUCAGUGCUUCCCGGCAUAGUAAGAAAUUCAUUCGCGCCUGACGGGUCUGACUCUGAAUCCAGGAGAGAAGACGAAGCCAAUGAUUGUCUGACGGACAGACAAGCAGUUCUGGAUGAACAGAAAGCGGGUGGCGCUGCGCUCUACGUGCCUGAGUGUACCGGGGACGGGAGGUACGCUCGCGCACAGUGCUACCGGUCUACCGGGUACUGCUGGUGUGUUCACCAGGAUACUGGCAAGCCGAUACCCGGGUCAUCAGUGAAGGACAGGCGUCCUGACUGCGACGCUGCGCCGCAACACGCUAGCCCCAUGAGAGGUACGGUCAUACCAGGUUGUCCAGAACCAAUGAAAAGUCACUUCUUACGUGACCUAAUGAGUUUCUUCAUCUCCAAAAUGACCACUUCCAUCAACGGUACUGGUCCAGGAGAUAUGGUCAAAUGGGGAGCAUCGAAAGAGGAACAAGCGGCUACUUGGACUUACGUGAUGUUGGAUAAGGAUAAGAAUAAGGCGUUGGAGCGGAGAGAGUGGAAGGCGUUCCACCAGCUGAUAUCGAACGUGGAGCCUUUGCGGCGGUGUGGGAGGAAGCUGCCGCGCUACUGCGACGUCAACCAUGACACCAAGAUCAGUAUAACUGAGUGGAUGGCGUGCUUGGAGGUCACACAAGGCUCGCAAAGUCCGACUACUGAAACAACAAAACCACCAUCCAAUCCCAGACGGAAGGGACCAAAUCCAUUGGAAUCGUUUUUAAAAGCUGAUGAUUGAUUCAUCCUCAAAUGUUGACUGUGUCGAUAUAAAUUAGAACGUUUCUAAAGUUUUUGUGCCAGUGUUAGUGCUAAGAGACCAGUGCAGUGUAGUGUUGAAGAAGGCUGGGAACUUUACGGCUAAAAAUGAAGUCUGUUACGAAGCGACCAGGCGUUAAGAAAUUCUAUUGUAAACGUUGAAGGGUUACACUGGAAGCGCAUUCAAAUUUACAUCGAACUUGGAAACAAAAAGCUUGUUUUGAUUGUUGCACAUGAUAAUUACAUAAAUUUGUAUCUAUCAGGGCCCCAAUUCCGCUAUUUGCAAGGGCCGAUGAAUGAAUGGAAAUAGGAUUAAAGUGACACGAUUUGUAGUCUCAUAAGCGUUUUCCCAACACAAUAACUAGAAAUUCAGUAUGGGGAGGAACGGUCACUGUAAAUAGCGGAAUUUAAAAGUUUAUCAGAGCAAUUUUUAUAUAUCAUGUGCAUGUAUUAUCAUUAUUUUGAAUGACUAACCUAGUGUAACAAAAAUUCAUUGUUUAGAAAGAAUAUUAUUUUAAGAUAUGAAUGGUAUUAACUCGUGUAUUUAUUUUAAAUCAAUUAAUUAUUAUUUCUUAAAGUUUAAAGUAAUUUUAAAUGUUGAAAUUAGACCGACUGUGCUUAUUCGAAUAUGAACAGGAAAUAAAAAUUUAGGGCAAGUCUGAGAUGAGAUUUUUUUAUAGUAAUCCUUUGAAGUGUAAUUUUGCCAAUAUAUUGUGUAACACUGCUGAAGCUUUGGAUAUUAAUUUUACCUGAUUUUAUUAACACAAGAAACUUGAAGUUCUUGAAUAUCUAUGGUUAAUAGCAAAAGUGAAUUUUCGCCAUAUUUACUAAAAAGUUGUAUACCAUCUAAUUGAAACUAAUAAGGAACAAAGGACUGGAUGCCUUGAAAAAAAAUGGUAUAUUUUACAUGUCAUUGAUACAUUUGUUACUGUUU